UUGAACAAGGUGGCUCCUCCUCAGAAGGAACCAGCCAAAUGAACAUGUCAUCAGUUAAAAAAGUACCUAUUUUUGUAGGGCUCUUAGUAGCAUAUGUCACAGUGGGGAAGCCUGCUUCUCUGUGUCAGAUACGGGGAAAUCCGGAGUUUCCUGUACUGUCUAAAGAAGGAGAUGCGAUGAUCGGAGGUGCAUUUUCGAUCUACAGCGAAAUCACGCAGCCUUCACUUUUCUUUACAGAGAGGCCAACAGCUUUUAAAUGUACCAGUAUUAACCUAAGGGAGUUUCGAUUUGCCCAGACAAUGAUAUUUGCUAUUGAGGAAAUAAAUAAAAAACAAGAUCUUCUUCCCAAUAUGUCUAUUGGAUAUCGGAUUUAUGACAACUGUGCAUCAACAUUAUCCUCAAUGCGUGCAGUAAUGGCUCUUAUGAAUGGUGAUGAGUUGGCUUCAGGGAACAGCUGCUCCGGCCAGUCAGCUGUCCAUGCUAUUAUUGGAGCUUCAGAAUCCUCUUCAACUAUUAUCCUUUCCCGCACUGCAGGACCAUUCCAAAUACCGGUGAUAAGUCAUUCAGCCACUUGUGAGUGUUUGAGCAAUAGGAAAGAGUAUCCCUCUUUUUUUCGAACCAUUGCCAGUGAUCUCUACCAAAGUCAUGCACUUGCAGAGCUGGUCAAAAGCUUUGGCUGGAAGUGGGUUGGAGCAGUGAACAGUGACAAUGACUACGGCAAUAAUGGGAUGGCCAUUUUCCUUUCUGCGGCCCAAGAGAAAGAAGUGUGUGUGGAGUACUCAGAAAAAAUUAACAGGGCAGAGCCAGAAAAACUUCUUAAAGUGAUAGAAGUUAUCAAAAAGAGCACAGCUCAGGUGAUUGUUGGCUUUCUUUCCCAUUUUGAAAUGAAUAACCUGCUGGAGCAGUUGAGUCUCCACAACAUUACAGGACGCCAAUUCAUUGGUGUAGAGGCCUGGAUCACUGCGGACAGCCUUGUGACUCCUACUAGCUUUAGCGUGUUGGGAGGUGCAUUAGGCUUUGCAGUAGAAAAGGCCAACAUCAGUGGGUUGGAAGAUUUUCUGGUUAGAGAUUUCUGGGAAGCCGAGUUUCAGUGCAAUGAGACAAACACAGAACAUAUUUUAAAAACUUGCAAAGAAAAUUCAGAUUUGUUUCAGCUAAAAGGUGAUGAUGAUGAUUUGGAAAAGUUGAGAUACCAUGCUAACAUUUACAAAGCCAUCUAUGCAGUAGCACAAUCUCUCCACAACAUAUUGAAGUGUUCAGACAGUCAAGGGUGUGAUAAGGCUUUGGAGAUCAAGCCAUGGGAGGUGGUGGAGGCUCUAAAGCAUGUGAACUUCACUAUUAAGAAUGGAGAAAGAGUGUGGUUUGAUCACACUGGAGCAGCUGUCAACAGAUAUGAAAUAGUGAACUGGCAGCGUGGCUCAGAUGGAUCCAUUGAGUUUAAACCAGUUGGUUACUAUGAUGCCUCCCUGCCCUCUGACCAGAGGUUUGCUCUUAACUCAGAGGCUAUUAUAUGGCCUGGAGGAGGCAAAGAGGCACCAAUCUCAGUUUGCAGUGAAAGCUGUCGUCCAGGAACCUAUAAGGUUCUUCAAAAAGGAAAGCAUGUGUGCUGCUUUGACUGCGUACCAUGUGCCGUUGGAGAAUUUAGCAACACCACAGAUUCUAUUGACUGCAAAAAGUGCCCCAAAGCAUACUGGUCCAAUCAGAACAGAGAUGCAUGUUUACCAAAAAACAUUGAGUUUCUUUCUUUUACUGAGAUUAUGGGCAAAAUACUGGUGAUUUUCACUUUGUUUGGUGUGCUGCUAACUUCAAUAGUAGCCACACUGUUUUUAAAUAAUAAAGACACUCCCCUGGUGAAAGCAAACAACUCUGAGCUGAGUUUCCUGUUGCUUUUCUCAUUGUCUAUGUGUUUCUUGUGUUCACUAACAUUUAUUGGCCAGCCCACUGAGUGGUCCUGCAUGCUGCGACACACAGCAUUUGGCAUCACCUUUGUCCUCUGCAUCUCUUGUAUUCUUGGAAAAACAAUAGUGGUUUUAAUGGCCUUUAAAGCUACACUUCCAGGUAGUAAUGUGAUGAAAUGGUUUGGGCCUGCACAACAGAAACUCACUGUUUUGUUUUUCACUUUUAUACAGAUAAUAAUUUGCAUCCUUUGGUUAACAAUAAAUCCUCCCUUUGCAUACAAAAAUAUGACUUACUAUAAGGAGAAGAUAAUUCUUGAGUGCGCUUUGGGAUCAUCUGUUGGGUUUUGGACUGUGUUAGGUUACAUUGGACUCCUUGCCUUAUUAUGUUUUGUACUUGCUUUCUUGGCUAGAAAGUUGCCAGAUAGCUUCAAUGAGGCUAAACACAUCACCUUCAGUAUGUUGAUUUUCUGUGCAGUCUGGCUCACCUUCAUCCCAGCUUAUUUCAGCUCACCUGGAAAUCUUACUGUUGCUGUUGAGAUAUUUGCUAUUCUAGCUUCAAGUUACGGGAUACUAUUUUGUAUAUUUGCACCAAAAUGCUUUAUACUUGUUCUGAAACCUGAGCUAAACACAAAGAAACACAUGCUAGGAAAAACACAGUGUUAAGCAGUUUCAUGUGAUACACAAUUGUUUCUUUACUUUUACUUGGCUGUUUGUCUAUGUUGUAGGACUUGUAUAUUAAUUUUCUAAAAUUUAAAUGAUCUGUCUUUUCCCUGCCAUGUAAAAUGUACCA